UAGGCCGACCACGGUCCUGACUCAUCCGGAGCUACACACGAGCGCGCGCAUGAGCUGAGCAAAUUCGCCAUCAUUCUCAUCCCGAAUCACCAACUCGCCAUGUCUCCCGACGCACCGGUCCCGCCGCCCGCACCGCGCAACCCCUCGCGCCCGCACAAAGUCGCGGACCUGCCAUCACGCACCGCGUUCGCUUUUGAUCCCAUCGAGGACGCGCUCGCCGCGUUUGUGCGGGGUGAGUUCGUCGUGGUCAUGGACGAUGAGGGCCGCGAGAAUGAGGGCGACCUCCUCAUCGCCGCGAGCGAGGUCAGCACUGAGAAGAUGGCGUGGUUGAUUCGGUAUUCGAGUGGCUACGUAUGCAUCGCGCUCCCUGGCGAGCGGCUCGACGAGCUUGUCAUCCCGAUGAUGGUGGCCGAGAAUCAGGACCCGCACCGGACGGCGUACACGGUCACUAUCGACUACAGAAUCGGCACGACCACCGGUAUCUCCGCACAUGACCGUGCCCUAACCGCCCGUGCGCUCGCCUCCCCCACCUCCAAACCGACCCAGUUCUCCCGCCCAGGACACAUGGUCCCGCUCCGCGCGCGCCCAGGCGGCGUCCUCACGCGCCGAGGACACACCGAGGCUGGGGUGGACCUGUGCGAAGCGGCGGGUCUGCCCAGGGCGGCGGUGCUGUGCGAGAUCGUGGAGGACGUGGACGAGGGUGGGGAGGGCGGGGCGGGGAUGAUGAGGAGGGAUGGGUGUAGGUCGUUUGCGGACCGUUGGGGGCUGAAGAUGAUUAGCGUGGAGAUGUUGGCUGAGUGGAGGAGGAAGGCUGGGGCUGGGAUCAGGAAGGGUGUGGUUAAUGGGGUGGCGAAUGGUGAUGCGGCGAAGUCAUAGCGAUGCUGGUAAUACAAAAUGCAGUCGCGGUAUCUCUGUGUCAAGUGCGUGACUAGGCACUG